GAGGCUAUGCACCUGGGUUCGAAUUCGCAAGCCGACGUGGAGGAACAAUAAAAAGUUAAACACGCUUCACAGUUAAUAAACGAAAGAGAAAAAAUUCUGAAUCGAGUAUUUCGGUGUGGAGCCGAGCCAAGAAGAAGAGAAACAGAUGAGGGAAGAUAAUGAUAUGAACGGAAAAGGCGACAGUUGCUGCAUCGACGGCAACAGCAAAAGCGUAAAUCCAAUCACAGAUGCCGGAGCCGGAGCCGGAGCCGGAGCCGGAGGGACAGGCUCCGGCAAUGGUGAAGUAGAAGGCGUAUCAUCAUCGAAUAAUAAAGGAAAAUCGUGCAAAGGAUGUCUAUAUUACUCGUCUACUUUCAAAUCCAAUUCUCGCAAUCCUCUUUGUCUCGGCCUUAGCCGUUCCCUUCCUCAAGUACCUCGAUAUAUUGUUGGGGAAUCUGAGAUGGAAGCUUCUAAAGAGGGUCGGAGCCUUACGGAUUUUAGAUAUGCUUGUGUCGGUUAUUCUGUAUACUUGGAUCAGAAAUCUCGAUCAACUGAUGCUCAAGAGACACAAACAGAAUUGCCAGUCUGUGUUGGCCUUGAGGUUUUGGUGGAUAAAAGACCCAGUUCAGCUGAUGCAGCUCCUGCUCCUGCUCAUGCUCAUGCCCAAAAGAAAGAAGGUCUUCUCAUCAUCUUCUAUGUAAAAGCAAUUAAUCUUCAUACGAAGACACUCGGCGAUGCUGUGUGCACAAUCUUGCCGUUUAUCUUCCUCUGCAAGAUGGACAUGGAGUUCCACAGCCUCGAUCACAUAAACCAACUCAUGCAGCUGGUGAUGAGUUCCUUACCAGGUUUACCAGGAAUGCUAACUUGGUUGCAAUGGGAGUAGCCAAGAACUUGCGGAAAGUGGGAAACCGUAUAAAAGAAAGUGUUGAUGACAUCUUCUAUCGGCGGCCGAAGUAGGAUUCUAAUCCUGAAAUAGAAGAAAUGGAUAAAAGAGCAUUGAGCUGAACCAAAUAAUGUUUACGUUUGCUUCAUUUGCCUUGGAAUAGGUUAAAGGGGAAACAUGUAAUAUGUCUUAUGAGAUUUAUUUUUGGUGUUUGUAUUAUUGAUUUUUCAUUUAAGGAAUGCUCUUAUUCCAACAACAUCAAACUAAGAAUCUUUUAUUUCUAGUUACUACUAUUUUAUAA